AUGGCGAAUAUUCCGUCGGAACUCUUCACCGACAUCCUCUCCUUACUCCCAGUCCUCUCCCUCAUUCGCUUCCGAUUAUCCUCCAAAACCCUCCGCUCCCUAAUCGACUCCCACAACUUCAUCAACCUCCACCUCCACAACUCCUCCAACUCCACCCUCAUCCUCCGCCACAACUCCGAUCUCUACCAACUCAACUUCCCCACCCUCACCACCGUUACUCCCCUCAACCACCCCCUCAUGUGUUACAGCAACCGCAUCACUCUCUUCGGUUCAUGCAACGGUAUCCUCUGCAUCUCCAACAUCGCCGAUGACAUCGCUUUCUGGAACCCUAACAUCCGCAAACACCGGAUCAUCCCUUAUCUACCUAUCUCUCCUCGUUCCGAGUCGGAUACAUCUCUCUUCGCCGCUCGAGUUCACGGAUUCGGUUUCGAUCCGUUUGCUUGUGAUUAUAAGCUGGUGAGAAUCUCUUAUUUCGUUGAUCUGCAACGGCGGAAUUUCGAUUCGCAAGUGAGGGUUUUCAGUUCGAAGACGAAUUCGUGGAAAGCGCUUCCGAGUAUGCCUUAUGCUCUUUGCUGUGCGAGAACCAUGGGGGUUUUGGUUGAGAAUUGUCUCCACUGGAUUGUGACUCGGAAGCUCGAGCCGUUUCAGCCUGAUUUAAUCGUUGCGUUUAAUUUCGAGGUUUUCCAAGAGGUUCCUCUUCCGGAAGUUGAUAACAGUGGGAGUUUUGAAAUUGAUGUUGCUGUUUUGGGAGGGUGUCUUUGUAUGAUUGUCAAUUAUCAAGCUAGUAAAGUUGAUGUUUGGGUGAUGAGGAAAUAUGGAUCUAGAGAUAGUUGGUGUAAACUGUUUACUUUGGUGGAAUCGUCUUUUAUUUUGCCUUUGAAAUCAUUGAGGCCUCUGGGUUAUUCGGAGGAUGGAAGUAAGGUUCUAUUGGAAGUGGAUCGGAAGAAGCUGUUUUGGUAUGAUUUUAAGACUGGACAAGUUGUUUAUGUUCAAGGGAUUCCUAGUUUGAAUGAAGGCAUGAUUUGUGUUGAAAGCCUUGUACCACCUUCCUUACCUAUGGAUAAUUAUAGGAAGGAGAUUCAGCAUAAGUUGAGAUGCGAAAGUAUAAGCAAUAGAAGGGACGAUUUCUUGUCUCAAGGAUUUAAGUUGACACUGUAA